AUGUCCGCCUCCAGCAACACAAAUGCCUGGCUCAAGGCCAAGAAAAAGACUGAGCUCACCGAAAUAGCCGAUAAAAUCGGCCUCAAAGGCUACAAGGACUACAAGAAGAGCGACCUCGAAGUCGCCCUCGAUGACUUCAUUUCCCAACACGCAUCUCGCUUCUCUUCCAACUCCGACCUCACUGGCUACUUCACCAGCCGCUCCAAGGCUCUCGGUUCUCCCAUUAAAAAGGAAAAGGACGCUAUAAAGGAGGAAGUCGACAAGGGCUUCAAGGUUGCUAAGCGCAGAGUUACCAAAGCUGCCGACGAGAUUGCUGCCGAGGUCAACACGACUGUGGAUAGGGUCAACUCGAGCACCGUCCUCCGCACGCCCGCUCGCAGCCUCUCCCAGGUUGCUUCGCGCGUCGCCCUGCCUGCCUCCCCCGCAGACAUUGCCUUCGCUGUUGACCGUUCUACCAUCGCUGUGCGUAAGCGCGUCGCCUCCAUCUACCAGGAGAGCGGCAUCACCGAGGCUUCCAACGCUACCCGUGAGACUCUGAGCACCGUUACCAGCGUUCUCUUCUCCGUCGCUGCUUUCGAGCUUUACUACAUUCGCCCCGCCAUUCUCGCCAAUCGCUUUGCUUUCACCAUUCCUGCCGUUUCCGCCAUUGGUACCAGUGAAUACAACGUUUACCUCCCCGACAUGUUCCUGCUGUUGACUUCGAGCUUCUGGUCCCCCGCACUUACUUGGGUCUUUACCGCCAUUUUCCUCCCCAGUCUCUUUGGCUACUUCUUCAAUAUCUCUGCCAACAGCAACUCUGGGCCCCGCACCCGCGCUCGCGCUCACAACGAGACCGUUGUCGACCCCUUGACCUUCAGCAUCGCCAAGGCUCUGCUCUCCUACGUUGUCUACGCCCAAGGCGUCACUUUCUGUGGCCUCCUAUCCAAGUUCUCUGUUGCUCGCCUCAACAAUGCCGUCUACGGCGGUUACCAGGGCAUCCUCGUCGGCACUGCCAUCACCGGCCUUGUCGCUAUUUACGACGCUGCUCUCAAGAAGUAA